UCACAACGUAGCUUCGCCUUGGCCGCGGUGCGAGGGCGAAACGUCAUCAGUAAGCGUCGACUGCUGUUGGAGGCUAAGUUCCUAGAAACGGAGGUGCGGGGAAGGAGGAGGCCUCAGAAUGUCUCUGGCAGACGAGCUCCUGGCUGACCUCGAGGAGGCAGCGGAAGAAGAGGAAGGAGGAAGCUAUGGGGAGGAAGAAGAGGAGCCAGCGAUUGAGGAUGUUCAGGAGGAGACACAGCUGGAUCUUUCUGGGGAUUCGGUCAAGAGCAUCGCCAAGCUGUGGGACAGCAAGAUGUUUGCUGAGAUCAUGAUGAAGAUUGAGGAGUAUAUCAGCAAGCAAGCCAAGGCUUCGGAAGUGAUGGGACCAGUGGAGGCGGCCCCUGAAUACAGGGUCAUCGUGGACGCCAACAACCUGACCGUGGAGAUUGAGAAUGAGCUGAACAUCAUCCAUAAGUUCAUCCGGGACAAGUACUCGAAGCGCUUCCCUGAACUGGAGUCACUGGUGCCCAACGCCCUGGAUUACAUCCGCACGGUCAAGGAGCUGGGCAACAGCCUGGACAAGUGCAAGAACAACGAGAACCUGCAGCAGAUCCUGACCAACGCCACCAUCAUGGUCGUCAGUGUGACCGCCUCCACCACCCAGGGGCAGCAGCUGUCGGAGGAGGAGCUGGAACGGCUGGAGGAAGCCUGCGACAUGGCCCUGGAGCUGAAUGCCUCCAAGCACCGCAUUUACGAGUACGUGGAGUCCCGCAUGUCCUUCAUCGCACCCAACCUCUCUAUCAUCAUUGGGGCGUCCACAGCCGCCAAGAUCAUGGGGGUGGCUGGCGGCCUGACCAACCUCUCCAAGAUGCCUGCCUGCAACAUCAUGCUGCUGGGGGCCCAACGCAAGACACUGUCUGGCUUCUCGUCCACCUCCGUGCUGCCCCACACCGGCUACAUCUACCACAGUGACAUUGUGCAGUCCCUGCCCCCGGAUCUCCGGCGGAAAGCAGCCCGCCUGGUGGCUGCCAAGUGCACGCUGGCUGCCCGUGUGGACAGUUUCCACGAGAGCACAGAGGGCAAGGUGGGCUAUGAACUCAAGGAUGAGAUCGAGCGGAAGUUCGACAAGUGGCAGGAGCCGCCCCCUGUGAAGCAGGUGAAGCCACUGCCCGCGCCCCUUGAUGGGCAGCGCAAGAAGCGAGGAGGCCGCAGGUACCGGAAGAUGAAGGAGCGGCUGGGGCUGACGGAGAUCCGGAAGCAGGCCAACCGCAUGAGCUUUGGAGAGAUUGAGGAAGACGCCUACCAGGAGGACCUGGGCUUCAGCCUGGGCCACCUGGGCAAGUCGGGCAGUGGGCGUGUGCGGCAGACACAGGUGAACGAGGCCACUAAAGCCAGGAUCUCCAAGACGCUCCAGCGGACCCUGCAGAAGCAGAGCGUGGUGUAUGGCGGGAAGUCCACCAUCCGCGACCGCUCCUCAGGGACUGCCUCCAGCGUGGCCUUCACCCCACUCCAGGGCCUGGAGAUUGUGAAUCCCCAGGCAGCAGAGAAGAAAGUUGCCGAGGCCAACCAGAAGUAUUUCUCCAGCAUGGCUGAGUUCCUCAAAGUCAAGAGUGAGAAGAAUGGCAUCAUGUCCACCUGAGGGGCCACCCUGGGUGGCCAGCCACUGCAGGGCCACAGGCCCUGUGCAUCUGAAGAGGUCCAGGGUUGGGGCUGGGAGGCUCCAGCAGGGAGAGCCGCCCCGCCGUCAGCCGGUGCCAGAACUAGAACUGUCCAAGGAGGCACAGAGGCCCCCGGCACCGAGAUCACCACCCCAUUCAGGGGCAGAGCCUGUCUUUACCACGUCUCAUCUUUUUUUAUUUUAAUGAGGAAAGGAGGUAACUUUUGGGAGAAGCACGAUUAAAAACACAUUGUCAGGA